CCCGGCGGCCGCCAUGGAGCGCGCGGCGGUGCUGCGCGUGAAGCGGAAGCGCGGCGGGACGGAGCCGGCCGAGGCGCUGCUCCUGGCCUGCAAACGGCCGCGCACCGGCGGCGGCCCGCCCGUGGAGAAGGGCCUCUUCACGCUGGUGGCGACCGUCUCCUCCAAGAACGAACCACUCCAGAAAUAUGUUCAGGAAGUGAUCACUCGAGAGAAAGCAGCUCAGAGUCUGCGACCCUCUUUAGGAAGCACUCAGCGGAUCAUCCAGGAGCUCCGCUCUUCCAAGCAAGAGAAAAGGAAGGAGAACCGUUACCGUGUGGUAGCCAGCCAUCGUCCCAGCUGUGCCCAACCAGCCACGCCUGCCAGAGAUGGCGAGCCAUCCAUCGGUGGGGACAGAGCGGACUCUGAGGCAACAGAAUGCUCUUCACAAAAGGAUAGUGGUGCCGUGGAUGAGAGUUCGGACGGCUGUGGGAGAUUCCAGUUGUUUGAUAUUGAACAGGAAGAGGAGGUGGUGGAAGAGUCCAGUGUAGCUGCCACAAACCCUCAGCAGAAGACUGAUCCAGAUGUGAUUCUUUGCAAUGCAGUAGAGAUGAUCCGUGAGCGUUUAAAUGUUUCUGAAGACAGUAAAAAAGAACACCAUGAGAAAGAGGAGUAUGUUUACGACAUCUACUAUAUGGAAACAUCAGCCCCUGGUUGGAUUGAAAACAUCCUCUCUGUACAGCCGUAUAGAGAAGAAUAUGAACUGGUAGAUAAUGAUGACGUUGCAGGGGAAAUAUAUGAAGAUGAAGAUGAUGAAAAUGAUGAAAAUAACUGGCGUAAUGAUUAUCCCGAUGAAGAUGAAUUCUUACCUGAGGAAGAAGGUGAUGGAGAAAAAGAGUCUGAUGAGAGCUUCAGUGAUGAAGACCAAUGUUACAGGAGAAGAACAUGGAACAAAUAUCGGCAGGAGGUUCUACAGGAAUUUGGAUAUGAUGAGAUCCAGGAUUUGGAUUCUGACUAAGCCCUUUUUUGAAGGUGAAAUGUAAACUGAAGAUUAAAUUCUGCUGUUGUGGUAGAAUUGAAAACCUAGAAAGCUGCUGAUGGCUAUGCACAAGAAUGUUGAACUUAAAAAGCAAAACAAAAAACCACAACAAAGAAAAAAAUCAAUCCCCCCAAAAACGUGGAAAACCACUGUUUGGUAAAAGUUGUGCUCACUGGGACAGUAGGAAACCAGUCUUUACAUGGAUGAGGUUUAAGCUAAAUUUUUGCCUGUCUGGCUUCUGAAGCUGUUGGUGACUAGCAUGGCUCACCCUAAUGGUACUGACCAGGUGUGAGUAUUAGAUCCUAGAUUGGGAUUCUAGUAAAUGCCAAAACCUUUUACUAUCUAUUUGAGCAGCCAGCUUAACUGGUAGAGAUCAAACUGAUGGGUGUGAACACGCCACUUGACAAUAUAAGUUUUUGUUCCAAGCAAAAGAUACUGUGUGCUUUAAAGUAGAUUUUUCUGUCCAUUCUGUGAUGCUGAGGUACUGAAGGAACUUUUAAAUUAUUGUUUCUUAAGCAAGCUGCAUGCCCAAGCAUUUGUACCUGUGGCAGCGGUACCUCCACAUUGUACAUGGAGGCACUGUCGGCAGCAGCCCUUCUUAUCAUGACAAAUUUGUCAGGUUUCACAAGAAGAUUAAUGUCUGCCACAAGGGCAAGUGAAAGUUCUGGAAAGAAGGCACCCUGUCAUCACGCUUUCUAGUGUAUUUGUUCCUAAGUUUCAAGUUACCUUCUUUACAUGUGUUUGAGCACAUGAAAUGCCUUGACCUGUCCAUUUUAUUGCUGGAUCUCUCCCCAGUAAUUUUACUAUUGGAGUAGAACAAUAUAUGUCUAUUUAAGUUGUAAAUAAAGAAUUUUUGACUGAG